UGUUUGCAAGUGUUUAGUAUGCACAUUAUGAACAAUGUCGGGUCGGAGUAGUAGAUCCACCAGAUCAAACCAUCACAUGGGACAGAAGAAGAAGGUUCACUCCCUUCCACCCUUAGAAGGAAAACGACGGGAUUCAAAACAAAGUCUUAGAACUCAGAGCCUGGGUCUGGGAGUGGGAAUGCCUGAUCGUCAACGGAUAAUUGGUUCUCCUGCUCCCCAGGCCUACAGACAGCAGAUAGAGAAAAACAGAAAUAAGAAGGGAAGCAACGGACCAACCAUCACAUUAUCUGCUGCAGAGGACGAGGACGAGGAUGACGACGACGAGGACUUUCUUAUUCAACGAGAUUCUGUCCUAGAGGUAGGACAGGUUGGAUGUGGGAAAAAGUCAAGAAUUAAUUCUUCUUUAUCUCUUUACAGUGUUGCAUCCUUGGGCAGUGCUGUUGAACAAAGUCGAGCUAGCUCAGGUCGUAGAUCAGGACUAUCUCCUCCACCUAGAGUUAUCAGUAUGAUGGAUGCUCAAGGUAAUCAUGUUACGACUGAAUGGAAUGUGCCUGGGAUGGAAUCUAUUGAAAAU